AUGGCGAGGAGCCCUUGGACAACGUGGUUUCUUCUCUCUGCCCUCUUCCUUCAGACGGAGCAGGCAGUGUUCAUAUCAGCUGAUGAUGCGAACAACGUUAUCAAGAGACAGAGGCGUGCCAGUUCCCUGCUUUUGGAGGAGGUCCUCCAAGGCAGCUUGGAAAGGGAGUGCCUUGAAGAGAGAUGCACGCAUGAAGAAGCAAGAGAAGUAUUUGAAAACGAUGAAAUGCUCAAAAUGUUUUGGGAUGCCUACUAUGGCGGCAGGAGAUGCUCAUCGAGCCCCUGCCAGCACAACGGCAUGUGUGAGGACAGCAUCCGUGGCUACACCUGCACCUGCGCCGAGGGCUACGAGGGAGAGAACUGUGCUUUCGCUAAAAAUGAAUGUCACCACCAAGCAAAGGAAGGAUGUCACCACUUCUGCUACCCGGGAAGUAAUUCCUACCGUUGCUCCUGUGCUGAUGGCUAUGAGCUCGGGAAGGAUAAAAAACAGUGCAUUGCGUUAGAUCAAUGUGCAUGUGGCAGACUACAAGACACUGAUAAUCUGAUACGUGAAACCAGGAAGAAACGUGAUGAGCGAUUUCCUUGGCAGGUCCUGCUGCUAAACUCAGAAGGGAAGGGCUUCUGUGGAGGAGUGCUGCUAAAAAGUAACUUCGUAUUGACUACAGCGGAGUGUGCCCUUCUGUACAGCCAUUUUGAAGUCAGGGUUGGUGCUGGGCCUAAUGGAACAAGUGGAACUGAGAAGAUAAUGCAAGUUAGUGAGAAACACAUACACAUCCGCUACGAUGAAGACACCGGUGAGAACAACAUUGCAUUACUACAACUCCAUGAGCACGUCAAGUGCAACAACCACCAGCUUCCUGUAUGCACCCCUGAAAGAGACUUUGCAGAACACGUUUUAAUUCCAAAAUUGGCUGGUACAGUCAGUGGCUGGACAAUGGAGGGUAAUGAACUUCAAGGUGACGAGUUGCAGGUUUUGUACCUUCCCGCUGAGGACUGCAAACAAAUACUCAACGUAAGCCUCACCAACAGGCAGUUUUGUGGACACCUCCAGGAGGCCGUAGACAAACACCUGGCUGGAGGAAGCUUUUUCGCUACCGAGUACAAGGGCACUUGGUUUCUGACUGGUAUCCUGGGAUCCUGGCCACUAGAAGACACUGACCGGGAAACAUUUCUGUUCACUAACACCGCGAGGUAUACGAUAUGGUUUAAACAAAAAAUGAAGUAA